AUGGCUUCCACCGCGACAUCCCUAUUCCGCGUCGACGGCCUCAUCUCCGUCGUCACAGGCGGCGGCACAGGCAUCGGCCGCAUGAUCGCCCAGUCCCUCGCCGAGAACGGCGCCAAGAAGGUCUACAUCCUCGGCCGCCGCCUCGAAGCCCUCCAAGACGCCGCUUCCCCCUACCCAGCCGUCAUCGUCCCCGUCCAGUGCGACAUCACCUCCAAGCCCUCACUACAGGCCGCCGUCGACCGCGUCGCCUCCGAGGUAGGUUACGUCAACCUCGUCGUCGCCAACUCGGGCAUAUACGGCCCCGCCGCGGCCUACGACUUCGACAGCGUCGCCGCCAUGCGCCGCGCCAUGUUCGACGAGGUCGCCAUGGACGACUUCACGCGCGUCUUCCACGUCAACGUCACGGGCGCCUUCUUCACCGUCUACGCCUUCCUCGAGCUGCUCGACGAGGGCAACCGGCGCGCCGUCGCUCAGGGCACGUACGGCCGCCCGCAGACAGAAGGUGGCAAGGUGCCGUACGUGCAGAGCCAGGUCAUCGUCACGGCGAGCAUCGGCGGGUACUUGCGCACCACGGGCGCGGCGCCGGCGUACGCGGGCAGCAAGGCCGCCGUGAUCCAGAUGGCCAAGCAGGCGGCGAGCAGGCUGGCUCCGUUUGGCAUCAGGACCAACAUCAUCGCGCCUGGAUUCUUCCCAUCCGAGAUGGCCGACUCCAUGAUCGCACACCGCAAGCCCGAGGACGAGCCGUUCACGGACCCUGAUUUUAUCCCGGCCAAGAAGUUUGGCAGCGAGAAGGAGAUGGGUGGCACGGUCCUGUACCUGGCAAGUCAGGCCGGGUCGUUCUGCAACGGUCUGGUCCUGGCCUGCGAUGGUGGGCGGAUGUCUGUGACGCAGGCGUCGUAUUAA